AUGAAGGACACUGACACUGAUGAAGGUCUGAACGGAGGUCUAAGGGGUUUGGAACGACAUGAGGAGUUGAUUGAAAGUAAUGAGGAGAGAGAAGUGAGUGAAUCUGAGAAGAAACCUUACAAGUGUUCACACUGUGACAAGAGAUUCAGUCAGUCAUCACAUCUGAAAACACAUGAGAGGAUUCACACCGGAGUGAAACCUUUUAAGUGUUCACACUGUGACAAGAGAUUCAGUCAGUUAUCAAGUCUGAAAAGACAUGAGAUGAUCCACACUGGAGAGAAACCAUUCACUUGUGAUCAGUGCGGGAAGAGUUUCUCAUACUCAUCAAACCUUAAGUUACACAUGAACAACCAGUCUGUCUGCUUCCUGACCUGGGCCCCAGUUAGUCAAGUAUAAACACUAAGACUAUGUGCCAUAUUUCUAGACAGAAGAGUGGUGCCACCCCAGGAGGGAUGAAGACCAUCUCUUUUA